CAAAAACCCAGGAAACCUAUACAGAUGUUGUCUAGUAAAGCUAGCUGCAAUUCUCAUGGACAAGAUUCUUCGUACUUUCAUGGGUGGCAAGUUUAUGAGAAAAACCCAUUUGAUGAAGUUGAAAAUCCAACGGGGAUCAUUCAGAUGGGGCUUGCGGAGAAUCAGCUUUCUUUCGACCUCGUGGAAUCAUGGCUACGAAAAAACCCUAACGCCGUGGGGAUGAAGAAUAAGGAUGGAGAAUCUGUGCUGAGGGACCUUGCUCUCUUCCAAGACUAUCAUGGAAUGCCUGCUUUCAAAAAUGAACUGGCCGAAUACAUGGAAAAAAUCAGAGGAAACAAGGUUAAAUUUGAUCCUAACAAGUUGGUGCUUGCUGCUGGUGCAACUUCAGCUAACGAGACUUUAAUCUUUUGCCUUGCGGAUCCUGGUGAAGCCAUCCUUCUUCCCACACCAUACUACCCUGGGUUUGACAGGGAUCUAAGAUGGAGGACUGGGGUAAAGAUUGUUCCAAUACAUUGCUCAAGCUCAAACGGAUUCAGAAUCUCCAUGUUUGCACUUGAAGAAGCAUAUGAGAGAGCUCAAAAACUCAACCUCAAAGUUAAAGGCGUUUUAAUAACGAAUCCUUCGAAUCCACUCGGCACAACAAUGACUAAAGAUGAACUUCAAAACCUCGUUACUUUCGCCAUCGACAAAAACAUUCAUCUCAUAAGCGACGAAGUCUUUUCAGGCACAGUGUUCGAUUCUCCAUGUUUCAUUAGCAUCAUCGAAGCCGCAUUAAUGGACAACAAACUUAAAGACAACACCGAUGUUUUGAGCCGCAUUCACAUCGUUUACAGUCUUUCCAAAGAUCUGGGUUUACCCGGAUUUCGUGUCGGCAUGAUUUAUUCAAACAAUCAAACCGUCGUGGCAGCCGCGACAAAGAUGUCGAGUUUUGGACUCGUCUCGUCGCAAACUCAGUUCCUACUCUCCUGCAUGCUGGCAAACAAGAAAUUCACAAGCAAAUACAUGAAGCAGAAUCAAAAGAGGCUAAAGAAAAGGAAAGAGAUGCUGGUUUCAGGGCUUAAAAAAUCGGGUAUCAAUUGCUUGAAAAGCAACGCGGGCUUGUUUUGCUGGGUUGAUAUGAGAAAUCUGUUAUCUUCCAACACAUUCGAAGCCGAAACCGAUCUCUGGAAAAAUAUGUUAUGCGAAGUCCGGCUGAACAUCUCGCCUGGUUCUUCAUGCCAUUGCAGUGAACCAGGGUGGUUCCGAGUUUGCUUUGCGAAUAUGAACCAAUCGACUCUUCUAGUGGCCAUGCGAAGAAUCAAUGAUUUCGCUGAACGUUCGAGCUUUAAUUACCAGCAAAAUAUGGGUGGGUUCAACCGGAGAUUACCCAACAACUGGGUACGUAAACUAUCAUCAGCAGAUCAUCGUGAAGAACAAAAGCGUUACUAG